AUGACACUGUAUAAUGUCUACAAACCUCCAUCACAGAAAUGCCCCACAGGUAUCCUACCCGAGGCUAACCACCCAGCAGUUUACGCUGGCGAUUUUAACUCUCAGCACACCAGGUGGGGAUACCUGAGAUCCGCAGCUGAAGGGACUGGACUAAGUGACUGGGCAGACAACCGGGACCUACACCUCCUUUUCGACCCCAAGGACACAGCGACCAUCAAAUCAAAGGCGUGGGGCACAACGUCAACACCUGACCUGACCUUCGUCAGACGUGGAGCAACAGGUACACCCGUGCGAGCUAUAAGAAGGGUCCUCGAGGCGUUCCCCCGGAGCCAGCACAAUCCAGUAAUAGUGGAGAUCGGACUAUCAAUCCCAGUCAUAAAAAGCCCCCCAAUCCCCCGGUGCAACCUGAGGAAAGCUGACUGGAAUAAAUACCGAUCCUAUGUUGAGAAAACGAUAAAUUGGAUACCACCAAAACCUGAGAACUACAAAAAAUUCGUAAGCUAA